UCUGUUGAGACAGAGAGGCUUAACUAAGAUCAAAAUAAAAAUUGUGGGUGUAGGGUCUGAACCUUUUAUUGAGUCAUCGGUUCGACCCUGCCUAGACCACCAGUAAUACAACAAAAAUAAAAAAUAAUGAAAGAACCUAAGAUGAUGCAUUCACUCUUCGUUUUAUUUUUCAUAGUUGGUGCAAUGAUUCCAACCUUCAACGCUCAUAUUGGCGAUUUUGAUGAAGUGUGGAGGAGGAGAGCUGAGGAAGCUAGAAAGUUCGCUCUCCAGACUUAUGAGAGCGAACCUGCAAAUGUCACGUUGGCAUUUAACAAGAAAACUCGCGAUGCUGUGAAGGAAUUAAGUAGUGUAAUACCAAAGAAUGACACAAGGAGGGAGCUAGGAACUAAACACUACGAGGGCCCUUGCAUGGUCACAAAUCCAAUUGAUAAGUGUUGGAGAUGUGACCCUAAUUGGGCUGACAACAGGAAAAAGCUAGUAGAGUGUGCUAUGGGCUUUGGGUCCAAGGCCACCGGGGGGAAGGACGGCAACUUGUACGUUGUCAACGACUCUUCAGAUGAUUAUACCGAUCCAAAACCAGGAACCCUCCGUCAUGCUGUUAUCCAAAAGGAGCCAUUAUGGAUCAUUUUUGACAGAAGCAUGAACAUAAGGCUACACCAGGAGCUGAUUAUGCAGGCCGAUAAAACUAUCGAUGCUCGUGGUGCUAAUGUUCACAUUUCUGGCGGUGCUGGUAUCAUGAUUCAGUACACGAAAAACAUUAUCAUCCACGGAUUACACAUUCACGAUAUUGUCCAAGGGAAUGGUGGAAUGGUUAGAGAUGCAGUGGACCACAUUGGGAUCCGCACAAUGAGUGAUGGAGAUGGAAUUUCCAUAUUUGGUUCGUCCAAUAUUUGGAUUGAUCAUAUGUCAAUGUGGAAUUGCUAUGAUGGGAUCAUUGAUGCUGUUGAAGGAUCCACCGGUAUCACCAUAUCUAAUGGGCACUUCACAGAUCAUAAUGAGGUGAUGUUGUUUGGUGCAAGUGACAGUUCUUCAAUAGAUCAACAAAUGCAAAUUACACUGGCAUUUAAUCAUUUUGGAAAGAGGUUGGUGCAGAGAAUGCCUAGGUGCAGAUGGGGAUACAUCCAUGUUGUUAAUAAUGACUAUACUCACUGGAAUAUGUAUGCUAUUGGUGGUAGUAAAAAUCCCACCAUUAUUAGCCAGGGCAAUCGUUUCAUUGCUCCUCCUGACAUCUUCAAGAAGCAGAUUACAAAGAGGGAGUACUCUCCAGAAUCAGUAUGGAUGCAGUGGACAUGGAGAUCAGAGGGAGAUUUAUACAUGAAUGGAGCAUACUUUGUUCAAUCUGGUGAUCCUGAUUGGUCAAAGAAACAUCAAGAUCUUUACGAUGGCAUAGCAGCAGCACCGGCAGAUCAAGUCACUUGGAUAACAAGGUUUGCAGGAGCACUUGGUUGCAAGGUAGGAGAGGCUUGUUAGAAAACAGCUGGCAGAAAGAAUAUCAAAAACAGUUAUUACUCCACAUGGGAUUAUACUGUGUUCUUGUUCUAAUGACUUUAUAUUUUUGAACCUGUACAUAAUCGAGACCCUCUCAAUUUUGGAUUAAUCUAGUUUUGUAAUCAAUGUUUCGGUUAUGGAAAAGAAAUCCUUUUUGAUUCAAUACAACCGUUUGUAGCCUAGCUUCUGACAUCGUGCUUCAUAAUAAUAAUGUAAAUAAUUUUUACACUAUGAAUAAUAAAAUUGAAGUAUAAAAAACUA